CUAGUAGCCUCAGAUUUGUGCGGAUUUAGGGUUCCACGGGGUUUUUUGGGAAAUUGUUGGUUUUCGUCCAGAUUUGUGCGGUUCUAGUUGCUUCAUUUUCGAUUUCUAUUUGCACUCACGGGUUCUCUUGGGAAACUUAUGGGUUUCGCCGGACUUUGGGUUCUUUUGAGAAAUCAGGGACUUAUGGGUUCUUCUUGGUAUGGAGUACGGUUUAGGCUAUGGUUUCUUUCAUUUGUGAAUGGUUGGUUUGUCGCAGAAGUGAAGGGGAAACUAUGGUUGCUUAACUCGGUCUUGCCUCGUGUUUGUUUCAAUUCAUUCGGUCGGUUGUGGGUGGUGAAUAUGUGGAUUUCAAUUGUCUCUAAACUUCAUUUUCUUGCUUGUUUUCAGUUGAUCAACUAUGGAAGGGUUGAUGGAUGAUAUGAGCACAGGCAAGGACACGGGAAUUGACUUGAAUGUUGGUUUAGAUUGGGGAAUGGAUUAUGGAGAUGAUACCGGUGGUGUUAGAGAUAGUGACGAUAUGGAGGACAAUGUCGACACCACCGAUAGUGAUUCUGAGGAUGAUAAUAACACUAACUUUGGUGAUGAUGAUAAAGAGAACAUCUCAGAUGAGCAUUUGCACAGCUUCAAAACACAGCCACACAGCUCAGAUGCACCUCUACACAAAGAUGCUGCAAAUCCAUCCAUGGCUCCACCGUACUCGAGUAUGUAUGACUGGACCUUGCUUGAUAAAGUCGGGAAUGGUAAGCCAUAUUCUAAAUGGGAGUCGGAUGAUGUUGUGGGUUAUGAGUUUGAAACCCUUGUGGAGGCUGCCAAGUUCUAUUCAACUUAUGGUUGUGCCAUGGGAUUCAGCGUACGGAAGAACACUCACACAUUUUCAAAAUAUGGAGUUAAAAAUAUGCAGCGAUGGGUUUGCUCACGCGAGGGGGAGCGUCAACCAGUGCACAAUGACAAGGAGAACAGAAAGCGUGAACCUAGGCCCGUAACAAGGCUCCAUUGUCCGGCAGCUUUCAAAGUCAGUUUUGUUGAGGCAACUAACUGAUUCAAGGUGAAACAGUUUAUACCAACACAUUUUCAUCACUUAGCUAGAGCACAUGAAGUGCAGUUUUUGAGUUCUCAUCGCAAGGUAGAUGACGCAAGUAAGGCUCAGAUUCGAUCACUUAGGGCUGCUGGUAUUCGCACCAAUCAAAUAAUGGAUUAUCU